CUGUCUGACGUCCUGACUCUGCGCACCAUCCCGGCCAUCAUCUUCAGCUGCGUGGUGUACUGGAUGAUCGGUCAGACACACAUUGCCAUCGCUCAUGAUUGUCUGAUAUGAAACAUGCAGUCUGACGUGUUAGUGUUUCCUGUGCAGGUCUGAAGUCAACGGUCGAGGCCUUCUUCAUCUUCAUGUUCUCCAUCGUUCUGGUGUCGUACACAGCCACGUCCAUGACUCUGGCCAUCUCCGCUGAUCAGACGGUGUUGGCCAUCGCUAACAUCUUCAUGACCAUCAGCUUUGUCUUUAUGAUGAUCUUCUCGGGGCUGCUGGUGAAUCUCCCCAGUGUCGCUGACUGGUUGAACUGGCUGAAGUAUUUCAGUAUUCCUCGUUAUGGUCUCGCUGCUUUGGAAAUCAAUGAGUUCACCGGCCUGAAUUUCUGUGACAUGAGGAACAUCAGCAGCACUUUAGUAGAAGUUUGUUCGACAGGUGAGGACUUUCUGAGCGAACAGGGCAUCGAUUACUCAACCUGGGGUUUGUGGCAGAAUCAUUUGGCUCUGGGAAUCAUGACCCUCAUCUUCCUCAUCAUCGCUUACCUCAAGCUGCGCUUCAUCAAGAAAUUCACCUAAAUACAAGCUCACGGUCUUCUUCACACACUUCCACAGCAUCCACCAAAUCCCAUUUCCCACUCUAACAGUCAUGAUGCUGAAGGAAAUCAUGAACAUACAUCCAAUCAUGCUGCAGACAGAAUUGAACGUGAAGAAUUGACUGUGCUCAAGCUUAUUGUUCUCAAGUAGUUUGCACACCAAAGAUUUGUUUUAAAAUUAAUGUUUUGUUUUUUUGCUCAGUAACGGUAGUUAAUAAAAUAUGGCAAUAUGGAGUCUGUUACGGAUAUGUUCAGUUAGUUUCUGUUUAAUGGACUUAUUUUUAUCAUUUCCUGUAUUCCUUUGGUUUUCCCGUUUGUCAUUGGUUGUCAUAGUUACUGAUAUGAUUAGUUGUUUAGUUCAGCUGUGUCUUGUUAAUGUACCCUGUUUGUAUCAGUACUUAAGUUCUUCCUUCUGUGUUCUUUGUCCGGUCUCAUUCUCGUUAGUGUUGGUUUUUGUCUCCUGUUCUGUUUGCCAGUGUGUUAUGGAUUAA